GGAACCCCUCAACGGCGUAUCAUCCACAGACAGACGGACUUACCGAGCGCUAUAACCAGGAACUCAAGACCUUCCUUCGCCUCUACGUGGAUUAUCACCAGAGCGAUUGGGUCAAGUACCUCAAGUCGGCGCAGUUUUCGUACAACAACACGGUCCAUUCCUCGCACCACGAAACCCCGUUCUACGCCUCCGAGGGACGCCACCCGUAUAGCGGACUCAAUCCCCGUGCCACAGACCACGUACCCGCCGCCACGUCAUACGCUCAGCACCUCAAGAAGGUUCAUGAGGAGAUCGCAUCUGCACUACGUCAGGCUAAAGAAGCCAUGAAGGAGGUUUACGACCGACAUCGCCAGGACGCUCGCAACUACGAGGUUGGCGACCAGGUGUGGCUGGAAGCAACCAACCUCAAGUCCAAACGUCCUUCACCCGCGCUUAAUGAACGUCGUCACGGUCCUUUCAAAAUUCUCGAGAAGAUUGGUGCCUCCGCAUAUCGCUUGGACAUUCCCCCAACGUGGAAGACGCACAACGUGUUUAAUGAAGCUCUCCUCACGCCCUACACCCCGCCCGCUUUUACGAAUCAAGCCAACCCGCCAGAGCCCCCACCUGAGAUGAUCGACGGCGAAGAACGAUAUGAGGUCGAGGCCGUCAUCAACUCGAAGAUUAUUGGCCGAGGCGCACACCGGAGCAUGAUGUACUUGGUUAAGUGGAAAGGAUACUCAGACCGCCACAACAGUUGGGAACCAGUCGCCAACUUGAUGCAGGAUGCCGAUGAAGCAAUUGAUGACUACCACAAGGCACAUCCACGACGUAUGCGUGUCUAG